UUUCCCGUCUGAGUCCGCCUCCGCUCGUGUUGUACCGAAAGGGGCAACGGCACGUCGCUCUGCUUUGGUAAAAACAAAACUGAUAUAUUUUGAAUUAAAUAUACACUUAAUUGUCGUAUAUGGACCUGAAGUGAAGGACAAAGCCCUCGCUGUGACAGUGGUUGUCCAGGCUGCUUCAGAUGGAUUGAGCUAAACCUGUAAGAUGAUGGCGAGAGCUGGACAAAGAGGAAGAUGGAACAAAAAAGCCCCUGUUGGCACAAUACUGCUCCUUAUGUGCAUGUUCAUCCCCACUCUGACAUUGUUACAAACUUCAGAGGAGGCGACGUGUGAACCAGGGGAAUAUCCCAAUGAUGAAGGAAUUUGUUGCAACAAAUGCUCUCCAGGUUUUAAGCUUGAAGAAAUGUGUCAGGGUGUGAAUCAGAGAAGUAAGUGCAGACAAUGUACUGAGGGACUAUAUACAGACGAAAUGAACUUCGCCUUCACCUGCCGACGUUGCAGAAAAUGCCUAGCAAAAUAUGACAAGGAGAUAUCACCAUGUCAAAGAAGCCAAAACAGGAUUUGUCGCUGUGUGGAGGGGUAUUACAAGUCUGUCAUCGACUCAGAAACAUACGAGUGUCUCAGAUGUACACCGUGUGGACCAGAUGAAAAGGAAAAACAGACAUGUACACCUGAGAGAAACUUUGUGUGUGAAUGUAAAGAGAACUACUACAAAGUCAACAACAAGUGUGAACGCUGCAAGAAUUGUACCAAAGGGUGUGAACAUCACUGUUCAACAGUUCCUGUUCUGACUACAAAAGGCCGUAAGCCCGGACAUGAAUAUCUUAUCAACAUAAUUACUGCAGUAGGAGUUGUGGCUGUGGUCUCGCUGGUGCUUGUAGUUCUCAUCACCCAUGUGGCCACAAAAAUGUCGACUGAGAAGAAAAUGCUGAAACCAUCCUGCCAACCAUCAGACGUUUCCCAGGACUCAUGCGAGCGAGUCCUAAUCCAAAGUGAUGAACCUUCAGAGAACAUAAGCGUUACGGCUGUUCCUCCAAGUCCUGUGAGUGAACCAGAGCCGCCCAAUCUGCCUGACUGUGUCCCCCUGGAAAUCAAGGUCUCUGACCUGAUCUACACUGUGCUGGACCUGGUUCCUGUGCUGCAGGUGAAGCAGCUGGUGCGUUCUCUUGGUGUGAAAGAUACAGAGAUCGAACAAGCAGAGUUGGAUCACUCCCGAUCCUGCCGCGAGGCUCACUACCAGAUGCUGAGGGUGUGGGCCGAGAGAGGGUCAACGGGUAGAGGAAGACAAGGUAGAAUGCUGCACAUGCCCUUGUUGCAGGAGUUGUUGGAUGAACUGAGAAAGAUGUACCUGGGACGAGCAGCCGAGGAGCUGGAGACAGUGUACGGCAUUCAGUAAUCCUGCGUCGCGUGCCAAGUGGAACAAGAAGCUUAUGAAACCAAGUAUUGUCUCUUUAAAGACUCACUCACGGGCAGCCUCAAAGCAUUCAAACUGACACGGUGCUACCACACGGCAGUUUUAUUUCACAGAAACCAGCUUCACUGAGCACUCUACCUCUCCUCCUGCCAGUCGCUCACUGAGAAGACAGGGUCAGACUACUGAGAGCAACAGAGCAAAUGGCUCAGGGAGGGAGCGUCACAGAAAAUGAGUUCUUGCACAGAUAAAUUCUGCUUAUAAAGAAAAACUUCUGCUAUGUGUGUAUAUAUAUAUAUAUAUAUAUAUAUAUAUAUUUUUAAUGAAUAAAAAGACAUUUUGGGAACUAGCUUAUUGGUUUUGCUGAGAUAAUGAAAAGAUUGAUACCACUGUCAGGUCUGUGACGUAAAGAACCUAGCUAGAACCAGCACCUGUUAGAUUAGUUUAGCAUAAAGACUGGAAACAUGAAAAUAGCUAAUCUGGCUUUGUCCAAAAGUGACAAAAUCCACCUGCUAGCACCUCUAAAGCUCACUUAUUAGUGUGUUUUAUCUUGUUUGUUCAAUCCAGACAAUAGGGGUUAUAUUGCGUAACACUGGACUAUUUCUUGUCUCGCAGAAUUAACUUCUUGGAGUGUCCCAAAGAAACUAUAACACUUAUAGAUUCCUUGGACUUUUCGCUGUUUGCCUGGGAACUACUCAUCCAACUUCUCCUCCAGGAAGCUAAAAAGUGCAGACUAUCUCCCAAAAUGGCAAAAUAUUCCUUUAUAGCCAUUAUCACUGUGCCGAGUUACACACUGGAACUAUUUCUUGUCUGGGAGCAGUGAGCUUUGAAGGUGUAAGUUGGCGGAUCACAGGACAGAGCCCGGCCAAGGAGGUUAAAAAGAGGAGUCACAGUGUCGUAUAACAUUUUAUCAAUGGGUCACAACACAUGCACAGCGAAUUUGGUCUGCUUUUGCUGAAAGGCUCAAUAGCUGACACACUAUUGUAGACCACAGGAAUGAUUGAUUGGUUUCACAGAGGUGUCCACAGUUGGCCAAGUAAGGCGGAAUAUUUUUGUACUAAAUACAUUUCUGUAAUAACUGAACUGAAUAGACUGAACUAAAAGACCACAAACAAAUGCUUUGUGUAUGCAAAUGUUAUAUAUAGGCUGCCAUCCGUUCUGAUGUAUGCUGAAGUUUUAAAAAAAGAGCACCUAAGUGGACCCCAUCCCUUUAUUUCUAGCACUUCAACAUCAUAACUCAAGUUACAUUGCACAUGUCAUACUCCAUAGCUCCCACAGAGCGUGUCCCAGCUUUCGUUGAAUAGCCUUGAGCCAGGCUAGCAGUUUCCCCCUUUAUGCUAAGCUAUGCUAACGGGCUCCAGCUUUGUAUUUGGUAUUUAAAUAGAGAGUGGUACGACCUUUUCAUCUAACUUCCAGCAGGAAAGCUACUAAGCACGUUUCCCAAAAUGUCAAACUAAUUUUGAAGGCUAGUGAAGCCUUCUGUAAGGUGCGCUGUGUUUUUGGUGUCACUAUAGUGUACAGUAUGUCUUUGGGAAUUCGAGGGAAUAAGAGUUUUGAUGAUGAUCAUAGUGGACUGAUCACUUUUUAUUUUAUAUAACAUAUAUUGGUGAUGUGAGUGUUGAGGCUGCAUUUUGUACUGAGUCGUAUUCAUGUGUGUUAACUGAACAACAAACCAUUAUCCAGUGUGUGUACUAUAUGGUAUGUAGUUAUGCCAGUUACAGCAGUCUAUUCUUAUUAUUGUCAAUGUUCACCAUUACAAAUUUACAUUUCAACAUUGCAGUCAGUUUUUUAAGAACACGGAAGUGCAAAAUCCAGUUCUGACUAUGCAGCCUUUGCCAUUAACUGGUUAUGUUUUAAUAGUAGUUCCUGGUAAUAAUGUUUAAACAGGUAGUCUUCUAUAUUUUAUGAGAACAAUAACAAAGCCAGGGAAGUUUGUAGUUCCUAUUGUGGACCAGACCCCUGCUACUUUUCACAGGCUUUUCACAGCCCCAUUAGCAUUUCUUAAAACUAAAUCACACGAGCAUUAUUCAUUACAGUUAAAGAAAACAGGACACGCCUUGUCUCAGUCUGCCUCAGCCCAGUCUUCCAGUUUUUAUAAUGCCAGUCUCGGCCUGCAGAUUCAGAUAUGAAUCAGUCACACUCAGACAGACUAAAGACGUGUCAUUCCAAAGCACUUUUACAAUGUUAUAUAAAAGAACAAUUUAUCCAGUGAAUAAUCAGUUUUGAGCUGAAUAUAAAAGACAUUGUGUUUAUAUGUGAAUUUUGAAUAAAUGCAUGUUUGUAUCUUAAA